GAGCCGGGCCGCGCGUAGUACUGAAGGCUGAGCGGACUGCUGGAGAGCGGGCUUGCUGCUGGUGUCCGGGGUGGCAGUCGCCAUGAGCACGGUGGACCUUGCCCGCGUGGGCGCGUGUGUCCUGAAGCACGCGGUGACCGGGGAGGCCGUGGAGCUGCGGAGCCUGUGGCAGGAGCAGGCGUGCGUGGUGGCCGGCUUGCGGCGCUUUGGCUGCAUGGUGUGUCGCUGGAUCGCCCGGGACCUCAGCAGCCUGAAGGGGCUCCUGGACCAGCACAGCGUGCGCCUGGUGGGCGUGGGGCCCGAGGCCCUGGGCCUGCAGGAGUUCCUGGACGGUGGCUACUUCGCGGGAGAGCUCUACCUGGAUGAGAGCAAGCAGUUUUACAAGGAGCUGGGCUUCAAGCGGUACAACAACUUGAGCGUCCUGCCGGCCUCCCUGGGGAAGCCUGUUCGUGAUGUAGCCGCCAAGGCCAAGGCUGUCGGCAUCCAGGGCAAUCUCUCCGGGGACCUGCUGCAGAGCGGAGGGCUGCUGGUGGUCGCCAGAGGUGGAGACAAAGUGCUGCUACACUUCGUCCAGAAGUCUCCAGGUGACUAUGCCCCCCAGGAGAGCAUCUUGCAGGCCCUGGGCAUCUCUGCGGAGAUCUGUACCAGUGAGCCGCCCAAGUGUGAUGAGGCGUGCUCAAGGUGAAGGCCCCGGGCCUCCAAGGUUGUGAGCGGCGUCUCCUGCCCUGGGCACACUGGGAGCUGGAUGUGAACAAAUUCCAGAAUCUCUGGGCUGGGGCUCAACUCUGCCUGGUCUGCAGGCAGCGAUGAGCAUUAAACUGUACUUUCUGGACAGUGUUUCUUCAUUGCCUCUGAAUCUUGCGUCCUUGGCAGCCCUGGCCACCCCGGCCUUCAUCGCUCUUGGCUUCAUGCAGGCCAGCGGGGCAGUCAUGCCUCCCGAGGCGGCACCUUCCCUGCUAGCAGAGUCGCUUUCCCUGGUGGGUUGUUGUUGGUGGACGCGCCCCUGCAGCCUCCCUGGAGACCUCAGGCCUUUGGCACAUGUGGGUCAGGGGUCUGAGAACAGGUCCAGGGUGUGGGAGACGAGGGUGGGAUGGGCUCCGUCUGAUAGUGAGGAAACUCCCCAAGCUCCAGGCGGGAGCCUGGCCCGGAGGGGUGGGAGCUGACUGGGUUUCCAGGGAGGAGAUGGUUUCCAUUCCACCCGCUGGAGUCUGGGGGACAGUCGGGGACUUUUAGGGAAAGGGCUGCUCUGCCAGCAGGCCCUUUACUCACGUGAGACUUGUCAUGUGCGCCCCGCUGGGGGUGGGGGGUAGCCUGGGGGGGGGAUGUCCGGUUCCCCCGAUGCCCCUGUCACGAGGCGGGGAGGUGACAAGCACCUCAAACCUAACAGGUCUAGAGCAGAAUUCCUGUCCUGCCCCGUCAGGAGCUCUCUUGUCUGAGUUCAGAUGACUUUCUCAGCACCCUCCAUGCCCCUGGUCCAGGCCUGGACAACCACAGUGGCCUUCUAGCUGGCGUCCCAGCGUCCCCAGCCCCUAGCAGAGCCUCUCUGUGGUCAUUUAAAAACUCAGGGCAGGUGACAAGGUUUAACCGCUCACUGGCUUCCAGUUACACAAAACCCCAAAUCCAGAUUCUGGGCUGCAGCUCAGAUCCCUUCGCCCCUCUCCUGGAACUCAGCUCCUUCCUGGGUCAGGAUCCCCUCUCCCUACCUGAACUGUGAUCCCCGAGGGCGGGCAUUUGGGGGCAUCGUGGUCAUUGCUGUGCCCCCAGCAGAGAGACCCUGGGGAAAUUGUCAGGAGCGCCCUGCCAUUUCCUCACUUGGCCACCAGCAGUCAGCGGCAGGUGCAGCGGGAGAGUGGGGCACUUUCUCAGGUAUGUCACCCCGACGGCCGGCCCUGGGCCCUGCUACACAGACAAGGCAGCCGACUGCUUUAAAGCCUUUACUUAGCUCAAGUCUGAAGCUCGUGGACGUUUGAGGAGGACGCGCUUUGGCGAGCGGGCAGAAGACUGAUAACCGUGUCUACAGGGCUGCGGUGGGCGGUGUGG